AAACAACAAUAAAAUAAUAAAUGACCCCAGCCGGAAAAGGAGGAAAAGCAAAAGGAAAAACAGCAUCUUCUAAAUAAGUAUCCAGAUCAAACAGAGCUGGUCUUUAAUUCCCUGUAGGAAGAAUUUCAAGAUUCUUAAAAUAAGGAAGAUACGCAUAAAGAGUAGGAAAUGGAGCCCCUGUAUAUAUGGCAGCAGUAUUAGAAUAUUUAGCAGCUGAAAUUCUUGAAUUAGCUGGAAAUGCUGCAAAAGAUAACAAAAAAAGCAGAGUUGUACCCAGACAUAUUUUACUCGCUAUCAGAAACGAUGAAGAAUUGAAUAAAUUAAUGUCAAAUACUACUAUUGCUGAUGGUGGUGUUUUACCUAAUAUCAAUCCUAUGUUAUUACCAUCUAAAACUAAAAAGUCAGAAACUGGUUAAGCUUCUUAAGAUGUAUGAAAAAAAAAUAUUAUUAUUGAUUUUUUUUAUUUUUAUAAAAAUAUAUUUUCGUUUUUCGUGUAUUUAUGUGUGUGCGGUGUGGUGUACGUGUGUUUUUUAUUUUUUUCAAAAAAA